GUGCGGAAAGUUCUGGGCCAGGGUGCCCGUCUUCGACCCCGACGGCUUCUUCAAGAGCAACUGGGACUGGCUGGUGGUGUUCCUGGUCCUGUACAUUGCGAUCUACACGCCCUUUGAGGCGUGCUUCAUACACACGAAACCCCCAGACUGGGACGGGGGCAAGUCGCUCAUUGCGAUGAAGACGCUGGGAUACUUCUCGGACUGCGUUUUCAUCAUGGACAUCCUGUUCAACUUCAACACAGAAUUCGUAAAGGCAGGAGCCGUGAAAGUUUCUGGAAGAAGAGAAAUCGCUGUCAACUACUUCUACGGGUUCUUCCCCGUUGACUUGAUUUCCUCGAUUCCCAUUGACUGGUUCAUGGGAUCAUCCAACGUCAGCGCGGUCUCAAUGGCAAAGUGCAUCCGGCUGCUGCGGCUGGGCAGGCUCAUGAGAAAACUGGACCAGCUGCAGGCGGCCAACGCCCUUCGCGUGGUGAAGCUCAUGUUUGCCUUCAUGCUGGUCUGCCAUUGGGUCGCCUGCGGCUGGUACUACAUUGGAGUCCACGAGGAGGGCAGCAACGACGACGUCGACGAGGAGUACAGGUCCUGGACGUCGACCAUCAAGCACGGCAACGGCAUCGCCCUGUUCUCUGACAACCUUGCUGCCUGGUACCAG